AUGACUUCAAAAGUUGUACAAGCGCUGAAGGAUACCUUUUUACCCAUCCCACCUGCUAAAGUAAGGUCAGCAACAGAGCAACAUGAUUAUGAACUAUCAAGAGUUGAAGGAUUAAACAAUGGAUCAACAAAAUUCAACAUUUCAAAUGAUGUUGAAGAUAUAACAAAGAAUGAAUUCAUCACUGAUAAUACUUCAUUAAGUGAUGCAUCUACAGUUGUGGCACAAACUCAGAGAAGACUGAAAAAUAGACAUGUUCAAUUAAUUGGUAUAUCUGGUGUUAUUGGUACUGCACUUUUCGUUUCCAUCGGUGGUGGUCUUUAUAAAGCAGGUCCAGCUUUCUUAUUACUAGGUUUUGCAGCUUGGUGUAUUCCAAUCUUAUGUAUAACAGUUUCAACAGCUGAAAUGGUUUGUUAUUUACCUAUAAAUUCUCCAUUUAUUAGAAUGGCUGGAAGAUGUACAGAUGAUGCAUUUGAAUUUAUGGCAGGUUGGAAUUUUUGGUUUUUAGAAUGUGUUCAAAUUCCAUUUGAGAUUGUUAGUGUUAAUACAGUUAUUCAUUAUUGGAGAGAUGAUUAUUCACCAGUUAUUACAUUAGUUAUUCAAGUUUUUCUAUAUUUUUUAAUUUCUAUAUUUGCUGUUAAAGUUUAUGGUGAAGUAGAAUUUUGGUUAGCUAUUGGGAAAGUUAUCUUAGCCGUGGGGUUAAUGUUUUUCACAUUUAUAACAAUGGUUGGUGGUAAUCCAAAUAAAGAUUCUUUUGGAUUUCGUUAUUGGAGAGAACCUGGUGCUUUUAAACCAUAUUUAAGCACUGGACAUAUAGGUUAUUUUCAAGCUUUUGUUGCAAUAUUAUCACAAGCAAGUUUCACUAUCGCAGGUCCUGAUUAUCUUUCCAUGGUUGCUGGUGAAACUAUAUUACCGAGAUCAAAAACAUUACCAAGAGCUUUUAAACAAGUUUUCUAUAGAUUAACAUUUUUAUUUCUUGGCGGUUGUUUAUGUGUUGGAAUCUUGGUUGCAUAUGAUGAUCCUGCAUUAUCAUCAGCUAUUAAUAAUAGUAGACCAGGUGCAGCUGCUUCACCAUAUGUUGUUGCAAUGAAUAAUUUGGGGAUCAAAAUAUUACCACAUAUUGUUAAUGGUACUUUAGUUAUUGCAGCUUUCAGUGCAGGUAAUGCAUAUACCUAUUGUUCAUCAAGAUCAUUAUAUGGGUUAGCAUUAGAUGGUAAAGCACCAAAAAUUUUCACAUAUUGUAAUAAGGCAGGUGUUCCAAUCAUUUCAGUUUUUGUUUGUUUAUUAUGGUCAUUAUUAUCAUUUUUACAAUUGAAUAAUAAUUCAGCUGUUGUUUUGAAUUGGAUUAUUAAUUUGAUUACUGCAUCACAAUUGAUUAAUUUUUCAGUUAUGUGUUUUACUUAUUUAUUCUUUUAUAAGGCUGUUAAAGCUCAAGGUAUUGAUCGUGAUUCAUUUACUUUCAAAAGUUGGUUUCAACCAUGGACUGCUAUAUUUGGACUUGUAUCAGCAUUCACAAUGAUUUGGGUUGGUGGUUAUACUGUUUUUUUGAAAGGUAAUUGGGAUUAUGAACAAUUUUUAUUUAGUUAUUUAGCAUUCUUUAUUGAUGUUGGAUUAUAUAUUUUUUGGAAAGUUUUGAAAAGACCAAGUUGGAAAAAAUCUAAAGAUGUUGAUUUAGUUAGUGGGUUAAAAGAAAUUGAAGAUCAUGAACGUGAAUAUUAUGAAAUGUUGGAGAAUAGUGAGAAGAAUCAAGUUGAAAAAAAUUUGUUCUGGAAGUUGAAAGAUCAAUUGAUUGGAUUGAUUGUUGGUAGAGAUUGA